AUGUCUUUUUCAAGAGCGCCAUUAAAAAGAUUCAAUGACCAUGUCGGUUGUGCACCUCCACCUGGUACAUAUGAUGUGAAAGCGGGAGACGUCAAGGGUGCAGCGUCGUUUCACAAAGCGGAACGUUUCAAGUCAUCCAAAUCGAUAGUUCCACCAUCGCCUUCAAAGGAUGUAUUUGUGUCUCCGGUACGUCGGACCAUGUCUGUUGAUGGUUUGACGGAUGGAUCGAGCGUCAAGAAGGACAAGACUGCAUUGACAAUCCAAAUGAAACAACAGAGGCUUCUAGAGAAAGAGAUUAGAUCACUGGUACAGCAGAGAGGAGAACAGGACCGCAGGCUCCUGGCCCUGGAGGAGGAGCUGAGAAAGCUGGAGGCGAAACUGCUCGCCGCUGUUAGGGAGAAAACAGGGCUGGCGGCCAAUGUGGCCUCCUUGGAGAGGCAGUUAACUGAGCUUAAGAAGGCCAAUGAGUUCCUCAAAACAAAAGUCUCUGCUGAUACCACGAAAAAGAAAAUCAACACACUCUCUAUGGAGCUCAUGGAAGCAAGAAAUAAACUGGAUGCCAAAGACAAGGAGCUAAGUUUUCUCCAGAUAAGCUCUGAGAGUCAAGUUAAGGUGCUACAGGCAGAUCUGGAAGCUUCCAGGCUCACCCUCAGUGCUCUUAAGGAGAGGAACAAAGAUCUGGAGGACCUACAUCAAGAGACGAAGGCUCAAAAUGAGGCACUUGAGAAUGAGGUGGACAAACUGCAUGCUGUAAUCCAGGAGCUGAGAGAGGAGAUCAAGGCUCUUCAGGGUUACCUCGAUACAGCAAAUGAAGAAAUUCAGGAUCUGCGUAUGAAGGCACAGGAUGCAUCUAAAAUGGAGCGACGUGUUUCUGAUUCCCAAGAGAGACUGAGUGAUGUGGAGCAGAAACUGGAGCAGCGCACUGCCGAACUGCAAGAGUCACAGAACAAACUUAAGGAGAAGGAGCAAGAGUUGGAGAAAUGUCAACGAGACCUCCAGGCCUCCCAGAGAGUUCUGGAGGACCGGGAUACAGAGCUGAGACAGCGUGAGAAGGAUCUAGAAGCUUCUCAGAAUUCGCUGAGGGAGCUUGAGAAACAGAUGGAGCGUGGCACUCAGGAGCUCCAGGACUCCCAGAGUGUGGUGAGGCAGCAGGAACAGGAGGUGGCUCGCGUGAGGGAGGUCCUGAGGAGAACUGAGGAGGAGCUGGAUCAGCGCGUGGCUCUCCUCGGGGAACGCUGUGUCAUGCUGGAGGAAGAACGAAGUAGGACUCAGGAGGAGGGUUGGAGAAGGGUGCAGGAGCUGAAAGCAGAGAUUACCUCCCUGGAGAAGAGCAGUAAGACUGAGAGAGAAGCUCAUGAGGUGUUGAAACAGGAACACUCAUCUCUGACUGAGCAAUUAGAGAAAGAGAAGGCUCAUGCUACAUCCCUGGAGAGCUUGCUGGAGCACAUGCGCGAUGAUACAGAGGCCGAGAGAAAGCAGCUGGAAGGAGAGCUGGAGGAGGCACUGGAGGAGUUGUCAGAGCUGGAGGCGCAGGAGCAGCACAGCGAAGAGGCCAUCCAGCGCCUCCAGCAGAAGAACCAGGAGCUUGAGAAAGAGCUCGCCGACGUCCGCGCUCUUCUGGAAGGGUCUGUCGCCGAGAUGCGGAGUUUGGAGGAGGCGCAUUCAGUAGCAAUGAAGAACUUGAAGGAGGAGUACAGCUGCUCGCUGGGGAAGAUUGGAGACUUGGCCACUGAGCUGGAGAGCGUCAGACAGUCUAUGAGCGAAAAGGGAGAUCAGGCCGACGCCCGCAUCCAGCAGCUGCAGGAGGAAGUGACCAGACUCACCCAACAGCUGGACCAGGACAGGCAGAGUCACACCAGCCAUCAGCAGAGUCAGGAGAAGGCGCGAGAGGAGUACGCCAGGAUGCUGCUGGAGGUGCAGACUAAGCUAGCUCAGAGGGACGAGGAGCUGAGGAGAGCCACGGAGGCCCACGGCGCUGAGCUGAGCCGUUUACAGGAGGAGGCACAGCAGGAGAGGGAGGAGAAACAACGGGCCCUCGCGCAGCUGGAGCGAGAGCUGAGGAGGCGGGACUCGCUGGAAGGUCGCUCGGAGGAGGCUCAGAAGCUGCGGGAGCAGGUGGAGGAGCUGGGGAGGGAGAAGGCUGAUCUGCAGGGGCAGGUGGAGAAGGUGGAGCAGGAGAAGAGGAGUUUUCAGAAACAGGCAGAGCAGUGGGAAACCGAACUCCAGGAGCUCCAGACACGCCUGGAGGAGGAGAAGGUGGACCUCCACAGACAGCUCGCUGAGGCACAGCAGAGGAGCUCUCCUGAUACUGAGAUAAAGCACUGGAGGACAUUGUAUGAGGAACUUUAUGCCAAAGUCAAACCUUUCCAGGAGCAGCUGGACAGCUUUGCUAUGGAGAGGAACGCUCUGCUGAAUGAGAAAGGAGCCACGCAGGAGGAGCUGAACAAACUGGCGGACGCCUACGCCCGUCUACUGGGCCAUCAGAACCAGCGGCAGAAGAUCAAACACGUGGUCAAACUCAAAGAAGAGAACUUUGAACUUAAACAGGAAGUGUUUAAGCUGAGGGCUCAGGUCACCAAGCAGAGAAAAGAACUGGACCAGUUUCGGUCCAGUCAGGCGCCUCGCAAGUUUGACCCCAGCAAAGCUUUCAAACACGACCACAAAGAGAACCAGCGACCUGCUGCUGCCGCCGCUGCCCUCAGACAGGACCGCUGGACCGGACACUGCGGGGGAGGGGUGGUUCUGACCGGCUACCUGAGGUUGGGAGGAUCCAAGUGGAUCUCUUACGGGGGACUGGUUAAGUUCUUUCUCAGAGGACAGACCUUUCCCAUCCCCGGCGAGCACUGCGUCACCGCCUCCUCACCCGAACUUCCUCAGUUUGGAUUCUUCAACAUUUCCCAGUCGUGGACACGAGGCUAA